ACGGAGUAGUUUUAACAUAUUUCAUAGUAUAAGGCAUGGCGCCAACGAUUAAAGUGGCUGUUAUCCAACUUCACCCGAAGCCCUUGCAACCAGAAAUUAAUUUCAGCAAGGCUGUCGAGUUUGUUCGCUCGGCAGCAUCGCAAGGUGCUCAACUCGCCGUCUUGCCAGAGUACCAUCUCACGAAUUGGAAACCGAAUGAUCCAGAGUUCCUAGCCGUCGUUGAACAAUGUGGAGGUUACCUAGAGAAGUACUGCAAGUUAGCCAAAGAGUGUAACAUCUCCAUCGUCCCCGGAACGAUAGUAGAGUCCCAUAAAGAGAACUCUGCCGAAGAAGACAGGCUCCUAAAUGUGUGUUAUUUCAUCUCACCCUCUGGCGAGAUAGCAGGAAAAUACAUCAAGAAAAACCUCUGGGGCCCCGAACGCGACCAUCUCACAGGCUCAGGCCACUCUCCCCAUGAAGUCUUCGACACGCCUGUGGGAAAAGUCGGUCUGCUGAUCUGCUGGGAUCUCGCCUUUCCCGAAGCCUUCCGCGAACUCAUCGCCCAAGGCGCUCAGAUCAUCAUCAUCCCUACAUUCUGGACCCUCAACGACUGCAACGCCGCGGGUCUCGCGCGUAAUCCUGCUGCUGAGGCACUCUUCCUCGACUCCAUGUUGACGGCACGCGCGUUUGAGAAUACUUGUGCGGUCGUCUUUGCGAAUGCGGGGGGUCCGCCUGGAAAGGGAUAUGCGGGGCUGAGUCAAGUUACUGUGCCGUUUGUUGGAGCUUUGGGAAAGUUAGGAGGGGCAGGAGAGGGCAUGUGUGUUGUCGAUUUGGAUAUGCAAAUUCUAGAGGAUGCUGAGAGUAACUAUCAGGUUAGGUCGGAUAUUGCGAGGGGGGAUUGGCACUACGUGUAUAGGCAUUCGAAGGAGGGGAAGCUUUGA